AUGGAUACAGCAAACAUAUUCCUCGAGUUUACGGCGAAUAUAGCAGAAGCAUCAGACGUACUCGGUCCCCUCAAAGCGGCUUGUAAAGCAACCCAGACGGUCAUCGGCAUCAUUCAAGGCGUAAAGAACAACCGCGAAGAUUGGUCGGAGAUUAUACAGCGUCUCCAAGACUAUCUUUCGGCUAUCGAGGAACAAAUCACCCUGCUCAAAGGCGAGAAUACCAGUGGGCCGCCUGACGAGGCAUUUAGUCGACCACUACCCGUUAUGUCAAGUACACAUCUCGAGGACCUCCAUAAGAGGAUCGUUGACCGCACGGAACAACAAAGGAGCAAAUCACUCGGACGUUUCGCAGAAAUCAGUACCAUCAAGAUUGACGCCGGGGAUAUCCAAAAAUUCAAUCGAGAUAUCGAGGCUCAGCACAGGCAAUUUAUGGAUGCAUUGAAUGUCUAUACUGCAAACCGCGUUCAAGUCAUUCAACACGACACCGAAACUAUCAAGCACGACACCAAAACUAUCAAGCGCGACAUGGAAACCAUGCUGACAGAAGCCGACUAUAAUACCAUACUCCAGAUGCCAAUGGUUGCUUCUGCUGCUUCUUCGGUUCACAAUGCUUGUCUCAAGGGAACCCGCCAGGCCGUCCUACAGGAAAUCUGGCGUUGGGCCGGAGAGGAGACAUCAGAAACGCCCAUUUUCUGGCUCUGUGACAUAGCUGGCUCGGGUAAAUCAACAGUCGCAAUGUCCGCUAUAGAACAUUGGAAAGCGAAGGAUCCUGGGUGGCACCUUCUUCUUUUCCCAUGUCGAACAGAAUCAUCCACUACCGACAAGCUCUGUUCCACCAUUGCUAGAGACUUGGCUCAACACAUUCCCGAGCUGGGUUCAUAUAUCGCCAAGGCCUGGAAGCAAAACCCUUCCAUCCAGCGAAGCUCGUUCGAUGAACAGUUCCGGACGCUCAUCAGUAGCCCACUCCAGUAUCAACAAAAGCGAGUGAUUCUGGUCGUAGACGCCAUGGACGAGUGCAAGUCUCGACAACAGCGACAAGAACUUGUAAAGACCUCGCUGCCGCCGUUCGGGAGAGCAAGAAUUUACGAAUAUUCAUCACCAACCGCCUCCACGAUAAUCCAUCACGAUAAUAUCGAUGAUAUUGCGACUGAUGUCCAUCAAUCACUCGACGGACUGCUGACCCAUGAUGAGAGGCAGCGACUGGUCAACAAGGCCAAUGGGCUGUUCAUUUGGGCGAGCACUGCAUGCCGAAUGCUGGAUGAUGAAUCUUCUCCAGUCAAACUGAAGGUUGUAUACGAUCGGCUAAUGUCAAUUGAUCAACCUGGAGCGAUCGAUGGCGUAUACGACCUGGUCCUGGAGCGCAUUAACGAAAGGUUCAAGCUGAUCAUCGUCGAAAUGCACGGUAUGCUAUUUUCCGCGCUCGAGCCACUCACCAGCGACGACUUGGACGAUCUCAUUGAGCAUACUCAAGGACAAGGGAGUGCCAAAGCGCUGGUACGGAUUCUAGGAAGCGUACUGAGGGAGGACCCAAUUAUCCACUCAAUCCAGUUUCGUUAUCCCACCUUUGUCGAAUACCUCCGGCGAUGCUGCAUCACUGCGAAUAAGGAAGGUGGCAACAAAAUGGCUAUUGAUACCACCAGUGCAAAUGGUCAAGCCGCAUCCUGGUGUCUACACAGUCUCAAAUCGCGCACGGAGGGCCUCAGGUUCAACAUAUGCCAUAUCGAGUCAUCCUUCUACAUGAACAGGCAGAUUCCAGACCUCCAGGAGCGAGGAGCCAAAUUCAUUCCGCGGAGACCUCGUUAUGCUAGUUUGCACUGGCCAUUCCAUGUAGCCGCAAUGGACAGUGACUGGGGACGCAAGCUAAGGAAUGAGCUGGCGCAUAUAGUCAAAAGUCCGUUCGGACUCUAUUGGAUGGAGAUCCUGAGCGUGACUGGAGGAGUGAUGCGGGCAGUGUCUGGACUGCGAGCCGCAUGGCAACAUAAGAGUCUCGAGGAGGAGGUUAGAGGUCGGAUGAAUGACAUCAGACGAUUCCCGAUGGCGUUUGCUGUACCAAUCCAAGACAGCGCGCCGCAUAUCUACAUCACAGCGCUCCCAUUCAGUCCAUUGAAGUCGCUACUACUUAAAGAAGGUUUAAAGAAGCAUAUUUAUUCAGUAAUGGUGACCAGAGGAGCCGAAGAAACGUUUCCUGGGCUUCCCAGAGCGCUGCUAGGUCACCAGGAUGUUGUCAGAACGGUUUCAUUCUCACCAGAUGGCACGCGAAUCGUCUCUGGUUCUGACGACACGACAAUUCGACAGUGGGAUGCGGAGACUGGCCAGCCAGUGGGAGAGCCACUCCGAGGUCAUGAAGGGAGGGUUAAUGCUGUCGCAUUCUCACCAGAUGGCAUGCGAAUUGUCUCUGGUUCUGACGACAUGACAAUUCGACAGUGGGAUGCGGAGACUGGCCAGCCAGUGGGAGAGCCACUCCGAGGUCAUGAAGAAUCGGUCAAAGCUCUCGCAUUCUCACCAGAUGGCACGCGAAUUGCCUCUGGCUCUGAAGACAGGACAGUUCGACAGUGGGAUGCAGAGACUGGCCAGCCAGUGGGAGAGCCACUCGGAGGUCAUGAAUGGAGGGUCCAUGCUGUCGCAUUCUCACCAGAUGGCACGCGAAUUCUCUCUGUCUCUGACGACAGGACAAUUCGACAAUGGGAUGCAGAGAGUGGCCAGCCAUGGGAUGCAGAGACUGGCCAGCCAGUGGGCGAGCCACUCCAAGGUCAUCACUUCUCGGUCUACGCUGUCGCAUUCUCAGCAGAUGGGCACACGAAUUGUCUCUGGCCCAAAGACAACUCACCUCGACAGUGGGAUGCAGGGACUCCAGCCAGUUGGGGGAGCCACUUCGAGGUCAUGACUCCUUGGUCAAAGCAGUCGCGUUCUCACCAGAUGGCAUGCGAAUCGUCUCUGGCUCUGACGACAGGACAAUUCGACAAUGGGAUGCAGAGAAUGGCCAACCAAUGGAGAGUCACCCGAGGUCAUCAAUUCUCGGUCAACGCUGUUGCAUUCUCGCCAGAUGGCAGGCGAAUUUGGGAUGCGGAGACUGGCCAGCCAGUGGGAGAGCCACUCGAGGUCAUGAAGAAUCGGUCAAGCUCUCGCAUUCUCACCAGAUGGCACGCGAAUCAUCUCUGGUUCUACGACAGGACAAUUCGACAGUGGGAUGCAGAGACUCCAGCCAGUGGAGAGCCACUCAAAGGUCAUGAAUGGAGGGUCCAUGCUGUCGCAUUCUCACCAGAUGGCAUGCGAAUUGUCUCUGGCUAUGAUGACAUGACAGUUCAAAAGUGGGAUGCAGAGAGUGGCCAGCCAAUGGCACGAAUCGUCUCUGGCUCUGAGCACAUGACAGUUCAACUGUGGGAUGCAGAGACUGGCCAGCGAGUUGGAGAGCCACUCCGAGGUCAUCAUUUCUCGUCAACGCUGUCGCUUCUCACCGGAUGGCACGAAUCGUCUCCUGGAUCUUGGACAGUACAAUUCGACAGUCAUGAAUGGGGGAUCAAUGCUGUCGCAUUCUCACCAGAUGGCACGCGAAUUGUCUCUGGCUCUGAUGACAAGUCAAUUCGACAGUGGGAUGCGGAGACUGGCCAGCCAGUGGGAGAGCCACUCCGAGGUCAUGAAGGGAGGGUCAAUGCUGUCGCAUUCUCACCAGAUGGCACGCGAAUCGUUUCUGGCUCUGACGACAGGACACUUCGACAAUGGGAUGCAGAGAGUGGCCAGCCAGUGGGAGAGCCACUCCGGGGUCAUCAAUUCUUGGCCAAUACUGUCGCGUUCUCAUCAGAUGGUAAACAAGUUGUCUCUGGCUCCGUUGAUAGGACAAUUCAAAUCUGGAGCUCAGACAAUGCCAAGCUCCAGCGUGUCAUUGAACUCCUAGAGUUGGGCAAGUCCAUCAGCCGGUGCUUCGUUAAUGAUGCGAUUGGGGCGGAAAGGACCUGCCUCCAGACACGAUAUGACGAGUGCGACAAUUGGCCGGAUUAUGCAUUUGCCACGGUGGUGGGUGUAUCACUCGGCAAGGUGACCUAUCGACCACCCGCCAACGUGCUCGAAGAGGCUAUGGCUGUUACCGUUUGA